UUCUCUUCUCACCGGGGCAUUAAUGCAAACACUUGGUUUGAGGGUUCUUCUAACAAUGGCUUCCAUUUGUGUAGAUCCGCGAUUUGCUGCAGAGAACGGCGGAGAAAUUGAGAGGAUGAAAUACGUGUUGGUGACCGGAGGUGUGGUGAGCGGACUCGGAAAAGGAGUUACUGCCAGCAGUAUCGGCGUCGUCCUCAAAUCGUGCGGUCUCCGAGUUACUUCCAUUAAAAUCGGUGACGAUUUCUUCUCAGUAGUGAUUUUUUUUGUUCCAUUGAUAUGCUUGUUUUCUAUUUAGGCCGUUUUAUUGUGAUUUUGGAAUGACAUUUGUCCACAAUCGGACGUAUCUUUUGAUCGAAUUAGAGAAUUCCACUUGAGGCAGCGAUUUCAAAAUCGAUUUAGAUCUACGCCUUCUCAGUUCGUGUCAUUCUCCACGUUCAAGUUGUUUCUCUUGCGUUUGUAUCUACAUUAGUAGUUUCCGAUUGGUAGGCUGUAAAGGUACCUCUUUUUGGAAUUUGUUCUGUCCAAAUCGUCUUUGUAUUAUUUGGGCAUGAAUGAUGUAAUACCAAACAUAGGAGAAGUUUCAUUCCAACUCUGGGGAUUGUUGAUUCUAUGCUUUUGUUCCCUUUCUGAGAGAUCCGUAUUUAAACACUGAUGCUGGUACUAUGUCCCCGUUUGAACAUGGGGAGGUUUUUGUACUUGAUGAUGGUGGAGAGGUUGAUUUAGAUUUGGGAAACUACGAAAGAUUUCUGGAUGUGACACUGACUAAAGAUAAUAACAUAACUACUGGGAAGAUAUAUCAGUCUGUUCUCGAGAAGGAAAGAAGAGGGGACUACCUCGGGAAGACUGUUCAGGUUGUUCCACAUAUUACAGAUGCAAUUAAGGAUUGGAUUGCAUCAGUCUCUCUGAUUCCUGUCGAUGGAAAGGAAGGCCCACCUGAUAUUUGUGUUAUUGAGUUGGGAGGGACUGUUGGUGACAUAGAAUCCAUGCCAUUUAUUGAGGCCUUGAGGCAAUUAUCAUUUUCUGUUGGACAAGAAAAUUUCUGCCUGAUUCAUGUGAGCCUGAUUCCUGUUUUGGGUGUUGUCGGGGAGCAGAAAACAAAGCCAACCCAACACAGUGUCCGAGAACUAAGAGCUUUGGGCUUGACUCCUCACCUUUUGGCAUGUCGCUCUGCUCAGCCAUUACUGGAAACAACAAAGGCGAAACUGUCUCAGUUUUGCCAUGUGCAGGCUGCUAAUAUUCUGAAUAUCCAUGAUGUCCCAAACAUUUGGCACAUUCCUCUUCUACUCAGGAACCAAAAUGCACAUCUCUCAAUUCUCAAACAACUAAAUCUGCUCAGCAUUGCUACACAACCUGCUCUGGAUAGCUGGACCAGGAUGGCUGAGACUUUUGAUAAUAUAACAAAUUCAGUCAAAAUUUCUAUGGUUGGGAAGUAUGUUGGCCUGACAGAUUCAUACCUAUCUGUUGCUAAGGCCCUUUUGCACGCAUGCAUUGCAUGUUCAUUAAAACCACAGGUAGAAUGGAUUGCAGCUUCAGAUCUUGAAGAUGAAAGUAAAAAAUCGACUCCAGAAGCACAUGCUGUUGCUUGGAAAACCUUGAAGAAUGCAGAGUGCAUCCUGGUUCCUGGUGGUUUUGGAGAUCGUGGCGUGAGUGGAAUGAUUUUAGCGGCAAAAUACGCCAGAGAAAAUAACGUCCCUUAUCUAGGGAUUUGCUUGGGCAUGCAGAUAGCUGUAAUUGAGUAUGCCAGAUCGGUUUUGGGUCGGGAAAGAGCAAAUAGCACUGAAUUCGAUGCCCAGACACCUGAUCCUGCCGUUAUAUUCAUGCCAGAAGGUUCAAGGACACAUAUGGGAAGCACAAUGAGACUAGGAUCUCGUCGGACACUCUUACAAACUCGGGACUGUCUCACUUCAAAAUUAUACGGUAAUACAGACUAUGUGGAUGAGCGUCAUAGACAUCGUUACGAGGUGAACCCAGAAGUAGUUCAGGCGCUAGAAGAAGCUGGUUUAAAACUUAUAGGCAAGGAUGAAACCGGAAAACGAGUGGAGGUUAUGGAGCUUCCGAGUCAUCCAUUCUAUGUAGGGGUGCAAUUUCAUCCAGAAUUCAAGUCAAGGCCCAGAAGGCCAUCGCCUCCAUUUCUAGGGUUUAUAAUGGCUGCAGCAGGGCGUUUGGAGACACAUUUGAGCUUUGGCCAGAACGGUUCGGCCUCCAUGUCUCUCUGAUCACUUGAACGUGCGUACGUUUACUCUUUAUCGCUUUCGUCGCUCCUUCACAUUCCUUCUUGUUUCCUUUUCAUUUCGAUUGGUCAUGAUUUCAUUUUAUACACUUGGGGUAUAGUCCAUAAUACACACACAUGUUUCUUCAUGAUCU